AUGAGGGAAGCCGACAUUAUUGAUGACAUACUAUUCAAAGGGAUAACUCCAAAAAGACCUAAACCAGGUCGUUUACGUUUACAACCAAAAGUGCAUAAGAAAAAUCACCCCAGUCGGCCAAUCAUAUCAACAAACGGAACUGCAACGGAAAAAUUAUCAGCUUUCAUAGAUUACAAAUUAACUAACCUCAUGUGCAAAGAGGUAAUACCAUCAUAUGUCAGAGACAGUAUGGAUUUUCUGAAUAUUCUGAAAAAAAUUGACAAUAUUCCGCCAGGAUCUUAUUUAGUAACCAUGGACGUGACUUCCUUGUAUACAAAUAUUCCACAUAAAGAUGGCAUCUUAGCGGUGGAGAAUAACCCAGUAACAGAUGGUAACUCAGUAAAAGAUGGUAACUCAGUGACAGAUGAUAACUCGGUGACAGAUGAUAACUCAGUGACAAAUGGUAACUCAGUGACAGAUGGUAACUCAGUAACAGAUGAUAACUCAGUGACAGAUGAUAACUCAGUAACAAAUGAUAACUCAGUGACAGAUGAUAACUCAGUAACAGAUGAUAACUCAGUGACAGAUGAUAACUCAGUGACAAAGGGUAACUCAGUGACAGAUGAUAACUCAGUGACAGAUGAUAACUCAGUGACAGAUGGUAACUCAGUAACAGAUGAUAACUCAGUGACAGAUGAUAACUCAGUAACAAAUGAUAACUCAGUGACAGAUGAUAACUCAGUGACAGAUGAUAACUCAGUGACAGAUGAUAACUCAGUGACAAAUGGUAACUCAGUGACAGAUGAUAACUCAGUGACAGAUGAUAACUCAGUGACAAAUGGUAACUCAGUGACAGAUGGUAACUCAGUGACAGAUGAUAACUCAGUAACAGAUGAUAACUCAGUGACAGAUGAUAACUCAGUGACAGAUGAUAACUCAGUAACAGAUGAUAACUCAGUGACAGAUGAUAACUCAGUGACAAAUGGUAACUCAGUGACAGAUGAUAACUCAGUGACAGAUGAUAACUCAGUGACAAAUGGUAACUCAGUGACAAAUGAUAACUCAGUGACAGAUGAUAACUCAGUGACAGAUGAUAACUCAGUGACAAAUGGUAACUCAGUGACAGAUGAUAACUCAGUGACAGAUGAUAACUCAGUGACAAAUGGUAACUCAGUGACAAAUGAUAACUCAGUGACAGAUGAUAACUCAGUGACAGAUGAUAACUCAGUGACAGAUGAUAACUCAGUGACAAAUGGUAACUCAGUGACAAAUGAUAACUCAGUGACAGAUGGUAACUCAGUGACAGAUGAUAACUCAGUGACAGAUGAUAACUCAGUGACAAAUGGUAACUCAGUGACAGAUGAUAACUCAGUGACAGAUGAUAACUCAGUGACAAAUGAUAACUCAGUGACAGAUGGUAACUCAGUGACAGAUGGUAACUCAGUAACAGAUGAUAACUCAGUGACAGAUGAUAACUCAGUAACAAAUGAUAACUCAGUGACAGAUGAUAACUCAGUAACAGAUGAUAACUCAGUGACAGAUGAUAACUCAGUGACAAAUGGUAACUCAGUGACAGAUGAUAACUCAGUGACAAAUGGUAACUCAGUGACAGAUGAUAACUCAGUGACAGAUGAUAACUCAGUGACAAAUGGUAACUCAGUGACAAAUGGUAACUCAGUGACAGAUGGUAACUCAGUGACACAUGAUAACUCAGUGACAGAUGGUAACUCAGUGACAGAUGAUAACUCAGUGACAAAUGGUAACUCAGUGACAGGAGAUCUAUCAACGCUCUCAGUACCUGAAUUUGUCAGCUAUGGUACGGAACUCAAAUUGGAUUAA